CGAAUCUUAAAUAUCGUGUGAACAAAUAACCACACUUAAUGUGUCUUUUCAUUUUGUCGUAAAGCACUGUUAGCACAUUUUUCAAUCAUCACGAUGGAAUUACAGAACGUACUUGCUUGUAUUUUUGUCUUAACGGUGAUUUCGUCUACAACCGGCCAACAUGUUGUUGAUGGAAAUACACUGACAGAAAUAAUGACGGAGUUGAAGAGUUUGAAAGAGGCUCAAAAUGUGCUAGAUAAGUCUUCAGAGAUACGUGAUCUGAAAUUUCGCGUUUUGGCUUUGGAAAAUACUGUGGACGGCCUACUAGAUACAGUGAAAAUGUUGCAAAACGAUAAUAAAGAACUUGUAUCCGAGAUCCAUCAACUACAAAAUGAGAAACUACACACUUCAGUGUUGAAGACUGACAUAAAUCAGCCAAAAACAGAUUUGAAUGAAGAGAUUGACUACAAAGCAGAUCUAGAAGUCACGACGGAUCUACACGGAAAAGAAAAUAUGGAGAUAAAGAAUCAUAUAAGCAAAACAAUGGGAAAACGUGCGUUUACCUUCUCGCCAACACUUCCUGCAACAUCUCCGCCACAACCAGGUAACCCUGUGAAUAUUGCUUUUUCGGCCGCUUUAUCACAAAGUGAAGUUGACCUUAGACAAGGCGAUACGAUUAUUUUCGACAAAGUGUUUGCAAACAUAGGAAGUGCUUACAAUUCCAACACCGGUGUAAUCACUGCUCCCACCAAAGGCGCAUACUUGGUGUCACUAGCCAUGUCAAUCGAGAAUGGACAGAAAUUUUAUUUAGUACUGACGAAAGAAGGCGUGCAUUUAUUCGAUAUUUAUGCUGACAGUACUACUAAUAACGAAUUCACGUCUACAACCAAAGAAUGGAUUAUCGAUUUAAACCAAGGGGAUAGUGUCUGGGUUCGCAGUGGAACAAAUGGCCAGCUUCAUGGAAAUUUACAUUCAAUGAUUACUGGUUUUCUAUUGUUUGAGACCAACUAUAUAAAUUAAAACAUUCAGAUGUUGUAAUAAACUCUUCCAUUU